UUUUCUUUUUCUUCCCCACCCCCGGACCGAGUCUUAUUAAUUUCUCUGUGGGGCUGCAGCUGGAGACGGCGGAGCGUUGGAAAUGACGCUCGGAGCUUUAAUUACAGCAGCCGCCGGACAAGUGUGAGGAAAGCUGACAGGAAAAAAGGACGGGAUCGCGUGAAGCAAGAAGCUUCUCCCCGCCACCCCUCCCUUUCCUCCCAAUUUGGACUGGAGGUGCGAGGAAACUGAAAAGUGAGCCGAAUAGAGUCCGGCUGGGGGGAGAGGCCGGAAAGCUACCGCCUGUUUGCAAUCAACUUUUUUUGGAAACCCUUUUCCGAACCCUUCCUUUUUAUUGUUGACCAACCAGGGAGAGAGAGCGAGAAAGUGAGGAGGGAGCGAGAAAGCGGAGGCUUACACGGGGAAAUAGCUGUCCGGCCCGACCAGGAGCACCACGCGCACACACUCGAGCCCACUCCCACCCGCGCGCACCCUCACGCGCACCCUCUCCCCCCGCUUCUCCGGGCCUCGGCCCCGCGGGCAAGGACUGGGUCGUCCGCGCUCGGAGCCGGUGUCCCGCGCGCGCCAGUGCCCCUCGCGCCUUCACGCGCGCCCGGCUGAGGGAUCUCCUCCGUGUGCCCGAAAGGGGAUAUGCCAUUUGGACAUGUAAUUAUCAGCACGGGAUCUGAGACUUCCAAAAAAUGAAGCUGGCGACAGGACUGUGGGUCUGGGUGAGCCUUCUCGUGGCGGCGGGGACCGUCCAGCCCAGCGCUUCUCAGUCAGUGUGCGCAGGAACAGAGAAUAAGUUGAGCUCUCUCUCUGACCUGGAACAGCAGUACCGAGCCUUGCGCAAAUACUAUGAGAACUGUGAGGUAGUCAUGGGCAACCUGGAGAUAACCAGCAUCGAGCACAACCGGGACCUCUCUUUUCUGCGGUCUAUAAGAGAAGUCACAGGCUACGUGUUGGUGGCUCUUAAUCAGUUUCGCUAUCUGCCUCUGGAGAAUUUACGCAUUAUUCGUGGGACAAAACUUUAUGAAGAUCGAUAUGCCUUGGCAAUAUUUUUAAACUACAGAAAAGAUGGAAACUUUGGACUUCAAGAACUUGGAUUGAAGAACUUGACUGAAAUCCUAAAUGGUGGAGUCUAUGUAGACCAGAACAAGUUUCUUUGUUAUACAGACACAAUUCAUUGGCAAGAUAUUGUUCGGAAUCCAUGGCCUUCCAACCUGACUCUGGUGUCAACAAAUGGUAGCUCAGGAUGUGGACGUUGCCAUAAGUCCUGCACUGGCCGAUGCUGGGGACCCACAGAAAAUCAUUGCCAGACUUUGACAAGGACUGUCUGUGCAGAACAGUGUGAUGGCAGGUGCUACGGACCCUACGUUAGUGACUGCUGUCACCGAGAAUGUGCUGGAGGAUGCUCGGGACCUAAGGAUACCGACUGCUUUGCCUGCAUGAACUUCAAUGAUAGUGGAGCAUGUGUUACUCAGUGUCCACAAACUUUUGUCUACAAUCCAACAACCUUUCAACUGGAGCAUAACUUCAAUGCAAAAUACACCUAUGGAGCAUUUUGUGUCAAGAAGUGCCCACAUAACUUCGUGGUCGAUUCCAGUUCCUGUGUGCGUGCCUGCCCUAGUUCCAAGAUGGAAGUAGAAGAAAAUGGGAUUAAAAUGUGUAAACCUUGUACUGACAUUUGCCCAAAAGCUUGUGAUGGCAUUGGCACAGGAUCAUUGAUGUCAGCUCAGACCGUGGAUUCUAGUAACAUUGACAAAUUCAUAAACUGCACCAAAAUCAAUGGGAAUUUGAUCUUCCUAGUCACUGGUAUUCAUGGGGACCCUUACAAUGCAAUUGAAGCCAUAGACCCAGAGAAACUGAACGUGUUUCGGACAGUCCGAGAGAUAACAGGUUUCUUGAACAUACAAUCAUGGCCCCCAAACAUGACUGACUUCAGUGUUUUUUCUAACCUGGUGACCAUUGGUGGAAGAGUACUCUAUAGUGGCCUUUCCUUGCUUAUCCUCAAGCAACAGGGCAUCACUUCUCUGCAAUUCCAAUCCCUGAAGGAAAUCAGUGCAGGAAACAUCUAUAUCACUGACAACAGCAACCUGUGUUAUUAUCAUACCAUUAACUGGACAACGCUCUUCAGCACAAUCAACCAGAGAAUAGUGAUCCGGGACAACAGGAAAGCUGAAAACUGUACUGCUGAAGGAAUGGUGUGCAACCAUCUCUGUUCAAACGAUGGGUGUUGGGGACCUGGGCCAGACCAGUGCCUGUCGUGCCGUCGCUUCAGCAGGGGAAGGACCUGCAUAGAGUCUUGUAACCUCUAUGACGGUGAAUUUCGGGAGUUUGAGAAUGGCUCCAUCUGUGUGGAGUGUGACCCCCAGUGUGAGAAGAUGGAAGAUGGCAUCCUCACAUGCCAUGGACCGGGACCUGACAACUGUACAAAGUGCUCCCAUUUUAAGGAUGGCCCGAACUGUGUGGAAAAAUGUCCAGAUGGCUUACAGGGGGCAAACAGUUUCAUUUUCAAGUAUGCUGAUCAGGAUCGGGAGUGCCACCCAUGCCAUCCAAACUGCACCCAAGGGUGUAGCGGUCCUACUAGUCAUGACUGCAUUUACUACCUUUGGACGGGCCAUUCCACUUUACCACAACAUGCUAGGACUCCUCUAAUUGCAGCCGGAGUCAUUGGCGGGCUCUUCAUCAUGGUCAUUGUGGGUCUAACAUUUGCAGUUUAUGUUAGAAGGAAGAGCAUCAAAAAGAAAAGAGCCUUAAGAAGAUUCCUGGAAACAGAGUUGGUAGAACCCUUAACACCCAGUGGUACGGCGCCUAAUCAAGCUCAACUACGUAUUUUGAAAGAAACUGAGCUCAAAAGAGUAAAAGUACUUGGUUCAGGUGCUUUUGGAACUGUUUAUAAAGGUAUUUGGGUCCCUGAAGGAGAAACAGUGAAGAUUCCUGUGGCUAUUAAGAUUCUUAAUGAAACAACUGGUCCCAAAGCCAAUGUGGAGUUUAUGGAUGAAGCUCUGAUCAUGGCAAGUAUGGACCAUCCACACUUAGUCCGGUUAUUGGGUGUGUGUCUAAGCCCAACCAUUCAGCUGGUUACACAGCUUAUGCCCCAUGGCUGCCUGUUGGAUUAUGUCCAUGAACACAAGGAUAACAUUGGAUCCCAGCUAUUGCUUAAUUGGUGUGUCCAGAUAGCUAAGGGAAUGAUGUACCUGGAAGAAAGACGGCUUGUUCAUCGGGAUUUGGCAGCCCGUAAUGUCUUAGUGAAAUCUCCAAACCAUGUAAAAAUUACGGAUUUUGGACUAGCCAGGCUCUUGGAAGGUGAUGAAAAAGAGUAUAAUGCUGAUGGAGGAAAGAUGCCAAUUAAAUGGAUGGCUUUGGAGUGUAUACACUAUAGAAAAUUCACCCAUCAGAGUGACGUUUGGAGCUAUGGAGUCACUAUAUGGGAACUGAUGACCUUUGGAGGAAAACCCUAUGAUGGAAUUCCAACCAGAGAAAUCCCCGAUUUGUUAGAGAAAGGAGAACGUUUGCCCCAGCCUCCCAUCUGCACUAUUGAUGUUUAUAUGGUCAUGGUCAAAUGUUGGAUGAUUGAUGCUGACAGUAGACCUAAAUUUAAGGAACUGGCUGCUGAAUUUUCGAGGAUGGCUCGAGACCCUCAAAGAUACCUAGUUAUUCAGGGUGAUGAUCGUAUGAAGCUUCCCAGUCCAAACGACAGCAAGUUCUUUCAGAAUCUCUUGGAUGAAGAGGAUUUAGAAGAUAUGAUGGAUGCUGAGGAAUAUCUGGUCCCUCAGGCUUUCAACAUCCCACCUCCCAUCUAUACUUCCAGAACAAGAAUCGACUCAAAUAGGAGUGAAAUUGGACACAGCCCUCCUCCUGCCUACACCCCCAUGUCAGGAAACCAGUUUGUGUACCGAGAUGGGGGUUUUGCUGCAGAACAAGGAGUGCCCAUGCCCUAUAGGGCCACCACCAGCACGAUCCCAGAAGCCCCAGUUGCUCAGGGGGCUACCGCCGAGAUUUUUGAUGACUCCUGCUGUAACGGCACCUUACGCAAGUCCGUGGCACCCCACGUCCAAGAGGACAGCAGCACGCAGAGGUACAGCGCCGACCCCACAGUGUUCGCCCCAGAACGGAGCCCACGAGGAGAGCUGGAUGAAGAAGGUUACAUGACCCCUAUGCGAGACAAACCCAAACAAGAAUACCUGAACCCUGUGGAGGAGAACCCUUUUGUCUCUCGGAGGAAAAAUGGAGACCUUCAAGCUUUGGAUAAUCCUGAAUAUCACAGUGCUUCCCAUGGUCCACCCAAGGCAGAGGAUGAGUAUGUGAAUGAGCCACUGUACCUCAACACCUUUGCCAACACCUUGGGGAACUCUGAAUACCUGAAGAACAACGUACUGUCUGUGCCAGAAAAGGCCAAGAAAGCAUUCGACAACCCUGACUACUGGAACCACAGCCUGCCACCUCGGAGCACCCUUCAGCACCCAGACUACCUGCAGGAGUACAGCACAAAAUAUUUUUAUAAACAAAAUGGAAGGAUCCGGCCUAUUGUGGCAGAGAAUCCUGAAUACCUCUCUGAGUUCUCACUGAAGCCAGGCACUGUGCUGCCUCCUCCACCCUACAGACACCGGAAUACUGUGGUGUAAGCUCAGCAGUGGUUUUCAGGUGGAGAGAGACGCCCGCUCCAGUUUCCCCGCUGCCUCUCUUUCUCUUGUGGUCUUCCCUCUACUCUCAAGGCCAGUAGUUCUGACACUUCCCAGUGGAAGAUAUCAAGAUGCAAUGAUAGUUAUGUGCUUAUCUAACUUGAACAUUAGAAGGAAGGACUGAAAGAGAAAGACAGGAGGAACCACACUGUUUCUUCAUUUCUCUGCAUGGAUUGGUCAGGAGACUGGAACAGCUAGAGAAGGACCAGCAAAUAUGAGACAAUACUGCCUGCUGUCAAACUAGUUCCCAACUUUUUUUUUACAUUGUUUUCUUUGCCUUCCUUCCUUCCUUCCUUCCUUCCUUCCUUCCUGUAUUUCAAUGCACAUGCUUGAAAGACCCAAGCUGCAGGAACCGAAGUGUACAUUUUCAGCAUCCCUGGAAAUCCUAAUGAUGUUUCCAGAAGAACAAAAUGAUAACCUUUUUUAUAAUGUAUGAUAGUAACUAAGAUUGAAAAUCCAAUCUCUUUCUCAGACAGUUUCAAUCUUGACAAGCAAGAAUGGCCAACUCAGCUUUCAUAAGUUUUGAAUCUUCAUCAAAGUUAUAACUAGUAAUUAUGUUUGGAGAGCUCUUUUGUUUUUUCUUAAUUUUGUUUUGCUUUGAUCUGUCUCUUCAUAUUACUUUCUCCCCUCUUUUCAGCUUUAAUUUAUAAUUGCAAACAUUUUUCCAUCAAACCUUCUUAGGUGUUGCUAUAAAUUGAAAGAAUUGUAAAAAGAAAUAUUUUAAUAUGGUGAAAUGGCCACUAUUUUAAAUAUGCAGUCUUUAGAAUUAGAAGGGGAAGCCAAGAUAUUAGUCAAAUGUAACAUCAAAUCUUACUUUUGUGUUUUACACUAUUGAAUAUGUAUCCCCGCCCCAAUCCUUUACAUUCUUCAACAUUUUCUUCCCCUCUAUGAAUGACAGUACUUGAUAGGCAGUUGGUAAUGUUAAGAGUAGAAGGGAAACUAAGAGACAGUUCUGUGUGGUUCAUGAAAACUACUGACACUUUCAGGGGUGAUCCAAUGGGGAAUCCAUUGAACUGGAAGAAACACACUGGAUUGGGUAUGCCUACUUGGCAGAUACUCAGAAAUGUAGUUUGCACUUAAGCUAUAAUUUUAUUUGUUCUCUUUCUGAACUCCAUUUUGGAUUUUGAAUGAAGCAAUAUGGAAGCAACCAGCAAAAUAAUUCAUUUAAGUACUUUUUUUUUUUAAAAAAAGAGCUAAGAUAAAGAAAGACUGUGGAAAUGCCAAACCAAGCAAAUUAGGACUUUGGAACACUUUGGGAUUAUGGUGAGAGGGUCAGCACAUGAUCAACAUGUGAUACCACAUUUCCUAAACAAGGAAAUUUGUCCAGUUUGUAUACUCCACUUGAAGGAAUGCAAGUAAGGAUUGGCUUGAAUUCCAUGGAAUUUCUAGUAUAAGACUCUAUAUUAAGUGGAAGGUAACUCUUUGCACAUAAAUUGGUAUAAUAAAAAGAAAUACAAACAUUCACUGCUUAUAGAUAGGUCCUUGGGUCAAAAGUUGUAAAUAAAUGUGAAAAAACUUCUCAUGUAAUUAUUUUAAUAUCCAACAUACUACUUUUUUGAUACUUUAUAUAAUAACUCUUUUUCUUCAAACACAGCAUCCUAGUUCUAGAGCCACCUUUCUUGUGUAUCACUUUAAAGAAUACCUACUGAGUUAAAAUGAGCAAUGGGAACAAAUGGUAGGAAUGAGUUUUCAGGAAAAGGGGGCCUCAGGUCAGUAAUUAGAAAAAUUAGAUAGAAAUCUCUCUCUUUUAGGAAAAUCUGGCCCAAUUCAUUUGGAAUUUUUAAAAAAUAUUUCUUUCCAAUGUUAAAGUAUUGGGAUCAAAUUUCAAUGUAUAACCUAAUUGAAAGCAAUUAGACUAAAAAUCUCUAUUGGCAAAGAGGAGAGUUUAGAGAAAAAAGAUGAAAAGAAAUCUAGGUUUCUGCCUAUUUUGAAAAGUAGAUCUAUCUAUCCAUUCAGCUCCCUUAUUUUUUCAACUCAUAUUUAUUUAUAGUCUACUAAAAGCACUGUGUUAUGUGGGGAACACCAAGAUAAAUGCAAUACUAUCCCUAACUUUAAAAUUUUACAAUCCAGAUUUAUUUGGCAUGACAUUUAAUUUUUUUAUAUAAUUCAAGGAAUACAAUUGCAUGGACUAUUUUAUGAAUAGUCAUAUAAAAUCAACUCUUUGUUAAAAGAUCUCCUGUGAACUCAUGUGGGACAUGAGUGAAACACCCUACAAGCUCCUGAAGUUAGCAAAUAGGAUACUUUCAGUGUUAUCAUUCAAACACAAACUGUUCUAGAAGGAUAUUGUAUCACUGGCUAAUUGUCCUAUAUGGAUUCUAACUUAACCAUUAAAUCAACAAUAGAUGUUGGUCUUUGGCCAGGAACAUUGGAGAAAUUGGGAUUGGUUUCUUCCUGAGUUAUGAAAAGUGAGGGAAGCUUAAAGGCUGAGGUAGAGCAAGCGUGGGGUUUGUGAGAGCUCUUCCAGUGAAAUUCAAACAUGAACUUCCCAGGGUUGAAGACACAGAAUGAUUCAGGGGCCACAGCCUAAUAGCUUAGAGCUCUUUCACCCAGUCAGAGGAGUAUCCAGGAAAAGGGGUCCUCACAUCAGUGUUUAUGAAAGUUUAGAUAUAAACCUCUCUUUCUAAAUAAAUCUGUACCAACUCAUCACUGACAACAUCCUUGUUGGAUACUAGAACUUGAUUUUUUCUCCUGAUUUACAAUAUUCAUAUGGUUUCUAUGGGGAUAUGAAAAGCAGAAUCACAUAUUGAAGAAGGAAAGAAAAAUAAUUAUUUUACUGUUAAGGUAAUAGAAAUGUAUUCAGUGAAGGUAGUGUCUCUGUCAUCCUAGGAACAUAAGACCCUUACACAUAAGGUACUAAUAACUGGAGAUAGAUGCAAGUAUAAUCCAAAAUGACCCAAAAUGCUUCACAAGAACUUUAUUGUUCCUUUUGAAUGAUUUCUGUAGCACAUACUUGAUUUCAGUUGUUUUAGGAUUUCUCUUUUGAUUUAUUUUUGUCCCCCUAGGAAAACAUAUUUCAGAGUGUAUGAGAGGGAGAAAAAAAAAGUUUCAUUUGUUCCAAAGAAUAACUUAUUCAACUCAGUAGAGUGAAAUUUUGAAAUGCCAAUUAAAGCCUGUGAAGUGCAUCAGAAUAUCAGAUUAUUGUAGGCUAGUUAUAUCAGUGCAAAUAUGCAGAACCAAUUAAGUAAAUUUGAAGAAAAUUAAUAGUCAAAUUACACAGACUGUAUUUUUUAAAUCACCAAAUCUUGUAGCUUAUACCUAUCUUGGGGAAUCUUAUUUCCAGGUAAGAAAAACUGUAUAAUUAAAUGGUUGUUUAGGGCAGUGGUUCUUAGGCAGGUGAGAAAAGAAGUUUUCUGAACCAAGGUAGACCCAGAACCUCAAAGCAUCCUGAACCACAAAGAGAUGCUUGAACUACUGAGUAGAAAUUGAUUUUCCAAAUAUUAGUGGCACAGGUUAGGAUGAAAGUUUUUCUUGGGUAAUAUUCUUGAAAUGGAAUGAAAAACAAUGCAAAACUCAAAUCAGAUUAAAAUGUAUAAACUAAAAAUUUGAGAUUGUUAUCUUAGUAGAUCAGGAAGAAUGACAAUAUUUGUAGCUGGAGAGGAGAAACAGUGUUCUUCUAAGUGUAUAUAAUGUAUGUGUUAAUACCUUGUAAAAUCAAGACUUGGCAUGAAGAUCAUGUAUAUUUCCAAUGCCUAGGACAAACCAGUAGGACUGUGAGAUGCUGCCCCUACAUGAAGUUGAAAGGGUUAUCAACAUGCUUUUUGAAGUGUCAAAAAUUUAAAAAAAAAAAAAAAGGAAAUUGGUUAAGCCCGACAGGGAAGGAUGUAAAUACAUGUUUUUCUAGAGCUAUCUAAACUUUAUUUCAAAACUUGAAUUAUUCAUCCAUCUAUAAAUGUUGGUUAUUUAACUAGUAUAUGUAGUUCAUAAGGUAAUAGAAAAGGUGAUUAUGAAAGCAUGUAUAUAUCUGGACAGAACCAUGAUAAUGCUGUAAGAUGUAGAUUUAGUUAGGUUAACAGAUGUUAAAUGAUUUUAAUACUAUUAAAUAAAUCACACUAGAAAACUAACCACAAAAUAUAAUGUAGCAAAAUAAAAUGCAGGAUAUGAAAAUGUAGGAUGGAUUUUGCAUAGUAAAAAAUGUUUGCCAUUUAAAAUUGUUAUUUGUUAGGUUGAGCUGAAAGUGGGCAUAUAAAAAGCAGGUUCCACUUAUGAAAACUUGCUUUAAAACAUUACAAUUAUUGUUUUUCUCAUUCUCUUAUUCCUUUACCAUUUGUAAAAUGUAUUACGUGUAAAGAGGAAUUUUUCAAAUUUGUUUUGCAAAUACCACCUUGUUGAGUUUAACAGGCAAAUAUGUUACAGGUGACUUUAAGUAAGAGGUUUCAAAAUGAAGUGAAGGAAAUAUAAAUGUUCUAUUACCUUAUGCAGAGACAAAAAAUGAGUGGUGUCAUUUAGUAAACAAACAAAAUGCAUUUAAUUUGUGACAUAUCCUUUCUUUUUUCUAUGAUACCCUCCCAUCUCCAAAAAGAACCCAAGGAAUUAAUUAACAAUAUUCUGAGAAAUAAAUGCUAAAGCAAGCAUUUCAAACUGCCGUAUUUCCAUUGUUUUGGACAAUAGUUGAUAGCCAGAUGAUUUUUAAUAGGGCAAAUGAGAAAUCCAGGUGGAUAAGCUUCUAGUUAUUGAAAAGCCAGAAAACUAAAUCUACUGUAUAUCCUAUGGGCAGAGAAUUCUGCUGGGCCUCUCUUUAUGCAUAUGGUUUUGAAGGACAGCCUGGUACCCAUGCAGACACCUAAAGGCAGACUUAUAUCUGCUGAUUGCCAUUUGCUUAAGAACGAAUAAGAGUAUACAGAUGUAGACUGGGCAUCAUUUUAAAAUAACACUAUCAGUAGAGACCUUGAUAUUACUGAUAUUACAAAGGGGCCAGCUUUUAUACUUCUGGGUAGAAUUAAUACAAUUUUUCUAAUACCAGAGAGCCUUUGCAAAAGUAGUUCUUUCCACAAUUGCAAACAUUAAGCUGUUAUGGGCACAGUGUUGGAUCAGGAGUCCUUCAGUUUAUAUGGACACAUCGCUUUAGUACCAUGGGCUGCUUUGUUCUUUUCAUUAAACAAAAGUCUCUAUGAAAUAAAAUUUUCAGACACUCGGUUCAAGCCCCACUGAUUUUGUAAAGGUGAAAAAAUGUAGGAUGUGUCACUUUUGCAGACCCCUGCCUCACCUCUUCACAGCCAGGUGAUCUUUUGGGCAGAAGAAAUGCUUCUCUAGUCAUGAGCUGAAAAGACUCCAAGCCCCAGUUUCAUGGAGGUUUUCACAUGCUUCCCCUGGAAAAUACUCCCUGACAGUCAGCUUUGCAAGUAAGUGAUUAUCUUGUUAGGAAUCACAGAAACAAUUAAUUUCUUUCUGGACCUUAAGGAAAAUGCUGCCUUUACUUCUUUUACCAUUGGCACAACUACUCCAUUUUCCUUACUUUUCUGCCAUCCUAGUUCAAAGCGGCCCUCUUGAUGCUGUGCCUGUCUUAAGCCAUAGUGGAACUCUGAGGUCCCACACGCUGCUUUGUAAAACAUUGAUUUAGCCUCUGCCCUCAAAUGUCUGACUUUUCCAUAAAAGAUAGUAGCAAUUUGGACAUUGUUUAAAUUAUUUCUCAAAUAAAUGACUACACAGAGCAUACUUUAUGAUGUUAAAAUUAUGCUUUUCCAUGAAUAUCGAUUCUCUUACUAUGCCCUUCUCUGUAGGAAUUUGAGUCGAGUCAGCCCUGUGAUGAAUCUUGAAACUCACAUAUGUGCACAUACCCGUGGUAGGUUUUAGAUUUAAUCUUUUCAUGAAGACUUUACAUUAUAAUAAGUUAUUUUUGCCAGCAAAUUAACUUAUUUACUUUAUUUAUCU